AUGUGUUCCCAUAUCAAUUGGUGUUUGAACAAGCGAUGGGCAGAUUCGCAUAUUCCAUGCGUCUUAAUGCUUCUUUCUGAUAUGGGUAUGUUUAGGUACAACCCCUUUAUCCACGAGCUGACGGAAGCUCGCUUUCGUGCCCGAAGACUUCUAUCAAAGUACAAUAGCACCCCCAUACCAGAUGAAACGGCCCCAGAUGAACUUAGAGCCGACCGAGAGGCCAUCCUAGACCAACUUCUUGGUUCUGUUGGAUCCAAUAUCCACCUUGAGCCACCGAUCUUUGUCGAUUACGGUUGCAAUAUAAGUGUCGGGAAUAACUUCUAUGCAAAUUUCCACACCACAAUGCUCGACUGCUCCCUCAUCAUCAUAGGCGAUAGGGUUUCUUUCGGGCCGAAUGUGAGUAUCCUCGGCGCCACACACGAAACGAGCGUUCAAUCGCGUCGGGACGGACUGGAAUUUGCUCGUGAGGUCUUGAUUGCCAAUGAUUGCUGGAUCGGGGGUGGAGUCACUAUACUGGCAGGCAUAACAAUUGGAGAAGGGUGCACAAUUGGAGCCGGUGCAAUCGUCACGAAGAAUAUCCCCCCAUUCAGUGUCGCCGUAGGGAUCCCCGCGCGGGUUGUGAAGAUAGUGGAGCCUGCUGCAGCGAUUUCCACCUAG